AUGAUGAGGACAAGGAUGGAAAGCAAGAACCUCUUCCUCAGCCUGCUGCUGUGCUACAGCGUGCUCAGAACUGCUGACUCUCACAUGGUGAUCGAAGAGAAGACAGAAUGCAACCCAUCCAAGAGCAACAAAAUGAACCUCUCAGAUCUCCCUCCCAUCUCCAUUGUAGAUUUAACUAAAAGAUCCCAGAAAGUCAGCAGGAAAGAGGCAGAGAACAGGAAAUCUUCCAAGAAAAAUGCUCAGCUGAGGACACCUCCAAAACCAAGGCCCACCCCAGCUGCUGACUGUGUGCCAAACUUCAAAACCUGCAAACCACACUUGAAUUCAUGUUGCAACUACUGUGCCUUGUGCAAGUGCCGGAUUUUCCAGACCAUCUGUCAGUGUCUGAUGUUAAACCCAAAGUGCUAA